GUGGUUUCAACAUUUGUAUGUAUUUGCAGGUAUAUAUCAUAUAGUGAUAGCUUGGAUUUUAUAUAAAGUAUAUUUCAAGAAACAAUCUCUUCCUUUAUUUAUAAAUAUGGUAAUCAAAUUGUUUUUGAACGCUGAAAUAACUCCUUCAGCAAUACCGGAAGCUGUCGUAAUCUCAUUGGUGUUGAUGUUACUUCAAAUUUUUCGCCGAUUUUAUGAAAGUUACUUCAUUUCUGUAUUUUCGAAUGCUAAAAUGAAUCUAAUACAUUACAUUUUUUCUUAUUGUUAUUAUUUUGGAGUGGGUCUUUCUCUUCUUUCUGAAGCACCUGGAUUUACGAAGCCAGAUGGAAUAAAAGAUAUUAAUUUCUCUAAAAAUUGGCUGAAGAUAAAUCAUUUGUUGGGUGUCGCGCUUUUCUUUUGGGCUUGGAAUAAUCAACAUAAAUGCCUUGAGACACUAGCAGAACUACGUAAAGAUAAGAAAGGUACAGUUACGACAACAAAAUAUUCAGUUCCAGAAGGUCAUUCGUUUGAUUUUGUGACUAAUCCACACUAUCUAUAUGAAAUAAUUAUAUAUUUUGCAAUAUUAAUAGUUUUAGGUUUUAACAAUGUAACAUGGUGGUUACUCUUUCUUUCGGUUUUUAGUUCUCAUAUUUUUCUAGCGGCUGCUUCACACAAAUGGUAUCAAGAAAAUUUUCCAAAAUAUGCUAAGUCUCGAAAAGCGAUAAUUCCAUAUGUAUUUUGAAGAUUUUAAUUGUGUUUACUGUAUUUCCACGAUUAAACUCCGAGAGGUUAUUAUCAUCAUAAAAAGUACGUAUUCUCCGUGCUUAUUUGAAGACACGGGCUUUUUUAGUUCGGAGUUUAUUACCUUGCAACAAAAGAUAAGUGGAUAACAAUUGAAAAAAUGCCUUAAUUACUCGUACAUUUUCAGAACUAUCAAAACUAUUUGUUGAUAGUAUUUACGAAUUAUAGCUACAACAAUUGUAAUAAUUAUUAUUUUCAUAAUUAACUCGAUUCAGUCUUCCAGUUCGGUUAAUAUGUUGUCAUUCGUGUCUGUUUCGAUGUCGUUGAAGAAAUCAAAAUCUUGACUAUUAUCUUCGGAUUUCAAAUUCACCAUCUCUUUUGGAAAGAAAGAUGAUGAGUUUGAACCAGAGUUUUCCUAAUUACUCUUUUGUUUCGAUUGAUAAGAUCAGUCGAAACAAAAGGGUAAUUAGCGACUUUCCCACGUACAAUAGCCUAUUCAACAAGUAUUUAUAAUUUUAUUUCUCAAAAGCUGUUUUCCGUGAAUCUUGGAAUAAAAAGUGCUGUUCGACUCUAGCAACUCGAAGAGGUCGAAUUUUAGUUAAACUCCUUAUCUGCCGCUCAAAAUGUACAUUAUCCUUUAACAUAUUUCCCAUGCUUUUCAAUCCGUGGUAUAAUCGAGGAAACGCUGUAUUGAUAUGUCUAUUGGUAUAUGGUAUAUAUAUAAAUUGUUUUUAAUUAAAUAUGUAAUAAUAAUUUUAUUUUC